AUGGCUGGAGGGCGCCUGCCCCGCUGCCAGCUUGGCACCUUGCGCGUGCCCAGCGAGAGGGGGCCGGACCCGUCCGCCCGCUGCCGAGCAGAGCCCGAGCCAGCGCCGCCUCUGUGCCCGCAGGCCUGGGCCGUCUACAAGGGCAAGUACCAGGAGGGCACGGACCGCGCCGACCCGUCCACCUGGAAGACGCGGCUGCGCUGCGCCCUCAACAAGAGCUCGGACUUCCAGGAGGUGCCGGAGCGCAGCCAGCUCGACAUCUCCGAGCCCUACAAGGUGUACCGCAUCGUGUCCGACGGCGCCAGGGAGCCCGACAAGGCCGCCCGCCUGGAGCCCCCCGCCCCGGAACAGCAGCGCCUGAGCCAGGCCGGCGCGGCCGGGCACCCCCCGACGGGAGCUAAGCACGGGCCGGACCAGGCCAGCGCGUCCUCGGACACGGAGGAGGAGAGCAAGAAGGACGGGCCGGAGACGGACCAGGGCUCUCCAGUGCCGGCCGUCUCGCUCUUGCCGAGCCAUCCCGCAGAGCAGGGAUACCGAGUGAAGGGGGUUUUCUACGGCUGGAACCCAGCCCACGGCCACCUGCUGCAGAGCCCACCGUCCUGCCCCAGCUACCUGCCCGUCGACAACAUCAACAACUCAGACUGCUGGCUACACAUCCGGCUGUACUACUGCGACGUGCUGGUGACCGAGUUCACCACGCACACGGCCGAGGGCUGCCGCAUCACCUACCGCCCCGUGCCCCCCGACAACGAGCGCCUCUACGGCCCGUCCUGCAUGGAGCAGAUCCCUUUCCCGCCCCCGCGCCUGCUCAGUGCCCACAGCGGGGUGGCCAGCGCCCUGGACGUCCUGGAGCGACUCCUGCCUCACCUGGACCGCGGCGUCCUCCUGUGGGUGGCCCCCGAGGGUGUCUUCAUGAAGCGCCAGUGCCAGGGCCGGGUGUACUGGAACGGGCCCCUGGCGCCGCACCACGACCAGCCCAACAAGCUGGAGAGAGAGAAGACCUACAAACUCCUGGACACCCAGCAGUUCCUGCAGCAACUGCGCGGGUACCUGAGCCGUGGGGAGCCCGCGCCCCAGUACCAGAUCCACCUCUGCUUCGGGGAGGAGUUCCCCGCCAGCCCCGGGCAGAACUUCCAGAAGCUCAUCAUGGCCCACAUCGAGCCGGUGUUCGCUCGCGAGCUCUUCCACUGUGCCCAGCGGAUGGGGCCGCAGUUGCUCCAGGACGCCGUGCCACCAAGUGCCACUGAUGGGUCCAGCCACAUCAUCCAGAUCCUGAAGCAGUUGUGCCAGCCCUGAGCUGCUGAGAGGGAGAGAGAGCGAAAGAGCAUGAGCUGGGAUCAGGACAGGGCCUCGACCCCCCCCAGGAGCUCCCACAGGUAGCACGGGAGAGGCGAUUCCCACCAGCUUGCAUCCCCCACCCCGCGUCAGUCGCAGCCCUCGUCACGGAGCCCCACGUCGAGCGCAGCCCUGGCGCGGCCACGUGCCCCGCACGCUCCAACCUGCCGGCCGGGGGCUUGAGACGGGUCCAGCGCCAAUGGGACCGGCAGCGCUUCAGUCGGCCGCGCCGUGCAGACGCAUGCUCUGCGCGCAAGGAUUGGUGUGCCGGGAGCCGAGCCCAGACUGGGGACAAGGGGUCGGGAUGCGACUCUCUGUAUUUAUUCAGAACAUUUGGUCUGCUUUGGAUCAGGACAGCUGCGAUGCCCCCGCUCCGGCUGGUGCAGCGGGGAGCCACACACCACCCAGGGACCCUGCGUUUUUAGAUGGAUACUUGAAUAAAACAUGCUGUUUCCAGA